GGAGCCCUGUUUGGGCCCUCUAUGAAUGCGCGAGGAGUGAUGGCGAGGUGAUGCUACCGAAGACGUUACCGGUUUACCCUAAUCGCGCUCUCCUCCCUGCCGCGUCGCCUCCCUCUCGCCGAAACCCUAUAAUUUGGUCCUGGCAAUUGUCCCACUCGCAGACCUUCCAUCAAAUUCCAAGUUUUCGAUCUUCUUUUUUCGAGGAUCAGCUUCCUGGAUUCCAAAUUUUGUUUCAAGUCUCUGUAAACAUAUCCUUUUUAUUGUCUCUAGCUAGUUCGCAUUUGUUUUGUGCAUCGAUUUGUGUGUUUUGGCUCUUUUCCCGAGCGCUGGGUUAGGUUUGAGGCCGAUAUCGGAAGUGUAGGCUGGAUUUGUCUUGGUGCAUCGAUAGGGAGAGAUGGUCGGAGGCGGAAGCAGGAGGGACGAUGGGCCGCUGAAGAUCAAUAGCACCAACGUAUUCGCGGCGCUCGAGACUCUCAAGAAGAAGAAGAAGUCGGACAAGGAGUCGAAGAGCAAGGGGGCGUCCAAGAGCCAAGGGAAGGAGCAGGAGAAGCAAGUGUUUUGGGCCCCUGCGCCUCUGACGUCCAAGUCCUGGGCUGAUGUUGGAGACGACGACGACGACGAUUACUAUGCUACCACGGCGCCGCCCCAGGCUGUUUGGGGAGUAUCGGAGCAGCAACACAAUAAGAAGGUUGAGGCGACCAUAGAGGAGGAAAGUGAAAGUGAGGAUGAUGGUCUUGACAUGGGUGAUGAUGACGACGUUGAGGAACCUGAAAAUGAACCAGAGGCUGUUGGGAAAGAACCAACCAUUGAGAAACCUGCUCCUGUUUCAGUACCACCCAAAGAUGCUGAAAGGCAACUGUCAAAGAAGGAGCUUAAGAAAAAGGAAAUGGCAGAGCUGGAUGCGCUUCUACAUGAAAUGGGCAUUGCAAAUAAAGAUAGUAAUGCUGCACAAAAUGAGACUGCUGACAAGACGCAACUGGAGCAAAGUAGUGAAGGGGAGAAGAAAGAAAGUGCUGGUGCUCCUUCAGAGAACAGAAUCUCAAAGAAGAAGAAAUCCAAGAAAGAAAAAUCAUCCAAGGAACAGGAGGAGCAAGAUCAGAAUCAGGAGAAAGGAGACAUUGAAGCUGAAGAGGCAGAUGCAUCUGCAGUUGAUGUAAAGGAAAGGAUAAAGAAGGUGGCCUCCAUGAGGAAGAAGAAAUCAAGCAAAGAGAUGGAUGCCGCCGCGAAAGCUGCAGCCAUAGAGGCUGCUGCAAGAAGUGCUAAACUUGCUGCUGCUAAAAAGAAAGAGAAGAACCACUACAAUCAACAGCCAGUGCGGUAAUCAUGUUGUUGUUCAGGACUGCUUCAUGUGCUGGCUGUCUGUUGAAUUCCGAAAUAAAACGUUGCUAUGUUUCUCAGAUGAUCUGAACUUGAUCAUUAGAUAUGGUCCUUAUAUGCACUUGAUACUGCUCCGUGCUCUUUUCCUUGUCAUGCCGCAAUUCGUUUUACCACUAUGAUAAGAAAUUGAUGGACAUGCUACAGCUUCAUUUCGA